AUGAAUUGCAGAUUUCAUCCACAAACUCCAAUAUCUUUAAUAUGUACGGCUCCUCACAUAUGUGAAAUCGACAGAAAAAUGUGCGUUGAAUGCCAAUAAGAUCAUGGAAUUGAGGUGAAACAAACAAUUCCUAUUAAUAAGUUUCGAUAAAUGCUUAAUGGAAAAGUGAAAGAUUACAAACUGGAUGAUACAUAAGAAUUAAAUAAAUAGAGACUAGAUUUUAAAUAGAUGCUUUCUAAAGCUGUAGAAAUGUUGAAAUAGUUAUGGGAAGAAUUAUCAGAAUCAAUCAGAAAGAUUUUUGAGAUGAUUGAAAAAGAAAAUAAAUCUUUGACUGAUCUCAUAACCUAAAAUGAAAAUUUGACAGAAUCUUCUUAUUCUGACUUGGAAAAACUUGUGUAACUACUGAAUGGCAAAAUUGUCGAUAAUUUGAAUAAUAAAAAGAAUUCCAUCAUAACUAAAGUUGAGAANUAGUAAGAAAUACUAUUUUUCCAAUUGAAUGUAAAGAUGGAUGUUCAAUUUGCAAGAAAAAUUUUGGAAAAUCGAAUUAUUUUCAUAUUAAAAAUUGAUAUUAACUACUACAAAAUACCUACUAGAGUCCAGAUUACAAAGUUAGGAUUUACGAGAAAGUUUUAAGAUAUAUAAUUUGUAAAUUAAAUAAUACAUCUUUUGUUGUUUUUCUCAUAUUUGAGUAGGAAAAUUAUUAUUGAUAAUCUUAUAAAUAAGUUUUGUUAAUUUUAUACUUCAUAAGUUAUCUAAUCAAAUAUUAACUUAAAUAAUUUUGCAUAUAUAUAUUACUAUCAAUAAUGUCGAUAUUCAGAACUCUUAUUUUUUAGAGUCAAGAUUUAUAUAUAGUUAUGGAAAUUCUGA